AACAAUAACUCCAAAACAUUGGUAAGAAUCAGUGCUGUUAACGAUAACUCCAACACAUUGGUAAGAAUCAGUGCUGUUAACAAUAACUCCAACACAUUGGUAAGAAUCAGUGCUGUUAACGAUAACUCCAACACAUUGGUAAGAAUCAGUGCUGUUAACGAUAACUCCAAAUCAGUGCUGUUAACAAUAACUCCAACACAUUGGUAA